AUGUAUCGGCAGAAGUGCGAGUUUAUGCGAGGAGCGGCGGCCACCAGCAGCGCCCGCAGUUUCAAGGACACUGGCAGCCUGGUCCGUUGGCUGCUGCCCGGCUCUAGCGGCCGGGGCGACAAGCAGCAGGGGCUGGCAACGGGAGCAGCAACCUGCCGUUUCUCCCGAGCCUGCUCGGGCUUGGACAGUUUCUCCGAGCACUGCGGACUCGAGCCCGAGGUGAUCGAGAACCUGGCCAGGGAGAAGUUUGCCGCCGACGCCGCCUUCGAAAGCCUUGCCUCAAGUUUCGCAGCCCUCGGCAUGCAGGAGGGUAUGAGGGCGGGCAAGGUGCAGAAGGAAGUGGAGCCGCCAUCGCCACUGUUGCUGCUGUGCGGGGCCCGUCAUUCACUUGGACAAAGGCGAUGGUGGGGGACGAUGGACUGUCGGGGCGGGUGCGAGGGCCCGGCGGGCGGGUCUGAGGAGGAGUCAGUUCCUGAUCUUUUCACUCUUAUUAUAAAUCUCGCAGCGCUGGAACAUCACUUCAAGAUGUUUUCUUUGAGGAGGAUCCCCUUCCUACUCUGUGCAUCCCUCAUCGGCAUCUGUGUAGCUGGGACUGGGGCCGCCGCCGGCACCGUGACCGGAGCUCGGGGACACUCGGUCUCCUUACCUGCUGGGAUCACAGUCGCACCGGACAUUGCCAGGAUUGAGUGGAGCCGGACAUCACCCAGAACCAAGAUAACGACGUACUCGGCUGAGAAUAUUGAAUACUAUACCACCAAUUACAAGGGACGGGUAACUCUUCACCGCGGGAACUUCAGUCUGGAAAUCCACGAUCUAUGGAGAGACGACGCUGGUGAUUACCAGGUGGAUGUUGUUACAAGUUCAGGAAGUGAAACUCAGGCAAGAGUUCGACUGGAGGUGUACGAGCCCGUGGCAGGAACACAGAUUAAGAUUCAGUACAUCACCGGGAUCUGCAACCUGACCUGCUCCGUGACCUCUGGCGACCCCACCAGCUUCAGGUGGUGGAGGGGACAAGAACCUCUGGGAAACGACAGCACCCAUCACCCCCGGCGACACGGAGAGACGAUAGAGGUUCAUCACACAGCAGCGGUCGGGGACAUUGUGUACAAGUGUGAGGCCAGGAACCUGGUCAGUGAGGGCACGGCACAGAUCCUGCUGCCGGAUGUCUGCAAACAGGCUCCACCUGAGCCCGUGUCAGGAACACAGAUCAAGGCCGAGAACAUCACUGAGAUCUGCGACUUCACCCUGACCUGCUACGUGACAUCCGGCGACUCCACCAGCUUCACGUGGUGGAGGGAAGCUGUGGGAAAUGACAGCACCCAUCACCUCGAGGGACAUGGAAAGACAAUACAGGUUCAUCACACAGCAGAGGUCGGGGACGUUGUGUACAGGUGUGAGGCCAGGAACCUGGUCAGUGAAGGCACGGCACAGAUCCGGCUGAAGAACGUCUGCAAACAGACCACAUCUGGGUUGAGUAGCUGUCUCUGUGGAUGUUGGUUGAGGGCCACGGUCGCAGCCGUCCUGCUUCUGAUUCUCAUCUCAGUCACUGUCGCCACCCACAUCAUCAGCGCCCGCCCUGUCAGUGGAACUGCAGAAAGGCCUCACAAGACUGAAUGACUUCCCC